AUGGAGUCGUUGCGCGGCGUGACCGUUCCAACAGGAGAUGGGAUGGGAAACAGUUCCAACGCCAGGAUGUCGUGGAGCAACCCCGUGCUAGGCGAUACGGAUCCUAUUGUCUCGUUUCCGAAGACCACGGACCAAACCGAUAUCGACGCUUUGGGGAGCUGUGCCGACGACAGUCACAACCAGGAGUCACAGAGCUCGGGGUUUGGAGGAGAGGUGGUGCCUUUGUUGGGGCUAGCGGCCAUGUGCUCCUUGCGAACGCGCAGGCCUAGCGGCACUCCUAUGGCCUUAGUAGGCCAGAGCCUUCCGGUCGAGACCAUGGACGAGCCGGCGACGGUGAUGCACACCGCGGGCGGCCGACGUAAGCGCUUGGGCGUGGGCGGUCGUAUUUGCAUGCUGACUGGCGUGAAGAAGAUCAAGGGCGUCGUUCGGACCUACCACCUCAAGAAGAACUGCCGAUAUUGGCGCCCAAACACCAUGUGGAAGAACCUUUGGUGGGACAAGGAGAAGAAGUGGGUCCGACUUUACAUCUGCGUGGAUGCCUUGCCUUAUGUUGCGGAGCCCAGGGAAUCAGUGUUUCUGGGGAGAGGUGGACAUACUCCACGCUUUGUCUUCGUGCUUCCCCCCUUCGGGGUGGCCGAAGGUGGUCGCCACGAGUUCGGUGCUCGAAGCCCUAUAGGCUACAGGGGCUACUUUGAUCUUGGAAUGACCAACAGGAAGGAUUAG